AUCUUGGAAACGAUCGAGCGAACAAGCUGCUUCAAUCAGCUCAGAUUUCCUGAGCGGCUUUCCCUCCCCUCUUUUUCCCAAACAACCCGAGGAGAAACUUCCCUGGUUCGACCCCAGUGAUGUUCGCCUUCAUCCCCUGCCCCCUCCUCGUCCUCCUCCUGGCUGCCCCGGCCCUCCUGACCCCGUCAACCUCGCAGGAGUUACAGGUCAGAGGUCAAAGGACGCCGAGGGACGCCAAGCAGGACUCCAUCAAGGUGGUGAUCUCGGAGGGCUGCGCCACUCAGGGUGAUUCAUCUGAUGUCAGGCUGGGAGGGAAAGAAAUCGACCUGACUCCCGGUUCCCCUCUGAUCCUGACCCACAAGAUCAAACUGGUUCCGGCAGAUUCGGGUGCAGGAUCCGGGUCUUGUGGCUGCGAGACGGAAUUCGCUGCCCUGCGGGAGCGUCUGGAGAGGCUGGAGAGGGAGGUGUCGGCCCUCAGGGAGAAAUGUGGAGGAGCCGAGGGAGGCUGCUGCACCUCCAAGGAGAGCAAAGGUGCAGGUUGCUCCAUCAAACCAGAGACCGACGAGUGUCCCAAUGAGUGCAGUGAUCAAGGGCGCUGCGUGGACGGCAAGUGUGUCUGCUUCCCUGGUUUUAGAGGACCAGACUGCAGUGAAUCCGACUGUCCCGGAAACUGCAACGACAACGGAAGGUGUGUGAACGGACAGUGUGCGUGCGAUCCUGGUUUCACCGGCCCCGACUGCUCGCAGAGAGGCUGCCCCGACAACUGCAACAACCGGGGCAGGUGUGUGAACGGCAGAUGUGUGUGCGACGGCGGCUUCACAGGUCCCAGCUGCUCUGAUGAAAUGUGUCCUGGAAAUUGCAACAACAAGGGGCGCUGUGUCAACGGACAGUGUGUGUGCAAUCCUGGAUUCACCGGCCCGGACUGCUCAAAGAGGAAUUCAUGCCCAGGAAACUGCAACAAGAGGGGGCGCUGCAUCAAUGGACAGUGUGUCUGUAAUCCUGGAUUCGCCGGACCAGAUUGCUCUAAAAGGGCCUGUCCUGAUAACUGCAACAACCGUGGCAGGUGUGUGAAUGGUAAAUGUGUGUGUGACAGCGGCUUCACUGGAGCGGACUGCUCUGAGAACUCCUGCCCGGAAAACUGCAACAACAGGGGGCGCUGUGUUAACGGACAGUGUGUUUGCAAUGAUGGAUUCACCGGUGCAGACUGCUCUGAAAAAGCUUGUCCGAACAAUUGCAGCAACCGUGGGAAAUGCGUGAAUGGGAAGUGCGUUUGCGACGUGGGCUUCGCCGGGCCGGACUGCGCCUCUAAAGGCUGUCCCAAUAACUGCAACAACAAAGGACGGUGCGUCAAAGGGAGGUGUGUCUGCCGGCGUGGCUUCACCGGACCAGACUGCAGCCAGUGUGAGGAGGGGAUGACUGGACCCAACUGUGAUACCGUCAUGUCAGGUGUUUCUCAGUUGACCACUCGGGACAUCACAGAGACGUCUGUCACUCUGGUCUGGACUCCGCCUCCCGUCCAGUAUGAGACCUACCACAUCACCUUCACCAGCCAGAAGGAGAGCGACCAGCAGAUAACGGUUCAGGUGGAGGGCAGCCUGACCACCUUCACCCAGACGGGUCUGGCGGCCGGUCAGGAGUACACCGUCAGCAUCAGCGGCGAGACCGGCGGCCGGAGGGGAGCCGAGAGCUCUGCUGAAUUCAUGACCCUCAUGUCUGGUCCCACCAACCUCCAAGUCGUCAAGACGACCUCCACGUCCGCCGUGGUCCAAUGGGAGCAGUCGCAGGGGGAGAUUGACAGGUACCGUUUGACCAUCACACCCAGCGACACACCGGGCAGGAGUCAAGAAAUGACCGUGCCCGUUGGCCAAAACUCCGCCCACAUCCAGCAGCUGGAGGCGGGGCGUUUGUAUGACAUCAUACUCGUGGCGGAGAAGGGCUCGAGUCGGAGCGAACCCGCGACCACCCAGGUUACUCCAGGAAACACAUUACCAAUGGUUACCACUGCAGCUUUGACCAUGCAGGUCACAUUAGCACCUGGACAAGACGUUGGCAACAGAGACCAAGACUUUGACCCAUCGCCUGGGGUGCGAGUCUUUGACCAACAUGAGCGGAAAGAUGGGAGCGAGGCUGACGCCGUGAAAGUCGGGGGUAUGGAUGGACCUAACAAAGAUUCCACAGCCUCCGUGAUUGCAAGAACUAAACCUCUGGUUAACAGGAAUACGGCAAAAGAUGGCACCAAACCCAAACUCGCUGAAAGGCCCACAUUGACAAGGAAGCCAAAUGUCACAGGCCUUUUCCGUUUUAACACAAGCAGAGUUGUGCCCGGAGCAAGAAAGUUUGGCCCGGGCCCUUUGAAAAAGCCACCAGUUGGGGAGAAGAAGAAGAAGAAGGUACCAGUAGUACCCAAAAAACUUAAACCAGGUGUCCCCACCAUCGGAGACAGGACAGUGGCUUUGACCAUGAGAGACCCAACUACAGAGGCAUCAGGUAAUGAGGGAAGGGAUGCCAAAAAUCCACUUGUAAUGCCGGGGACUGAUUUGGAUACAAACAGACAAAGUGGCUCAGAGGAGGAAAUUAUUGCUGUGGGCUCCAAAGAGCUACCAGAUGUUGGCAUGGCAGGCCAUGGAAACGACACGGCUCCAGUGUCUCCAGAGCCAACCGGGACUGUUCAAAGUCAAGAGAAGAAAUGCUCAGUUGAAAGCAAUGAACCAGAUGAAAGCAGCAAAGGUACGACUGACGUUGCAUCAUCUGAAGACAGAAAACUACCGCCCUCAGGAAAAGCUGCCGUACCUUUUUUCCGCCGUACACCUGCAAAAUCUGGAUUUGUACGACGCCCACGACCGAACUUUGGAUCAUUUCAGAACAAAACUCGUCUACAUUUGAGAGCUCCUCAUCGUUCCCCUCCUCAUUUGAACCUCAUCCCUGGAAAAGAGACAGAGAGCAGGAAUACAUCUACAAGUGAGUUACUGUCUUCACCAUCUUCAUCUGCUUCAGAGGAAUCAUCCUCAGUUGAGGUAAAUAUACCAGUGAGGGAUACAAGUGGAUUCAAAGAUGGGGCAACUACACCUGCAUCUUCUGAAGUUGAACAUAAUGAGAAAAAGAUGCCAACGGAAAGAGGACGAAUCCCAGUUCGUCGUCUUCCUCUAAAGAGAGGAUACCUGCAUGGCCCACUUCCAAAUUCUGGACCUCUUAAGAACCGAAUUCGUCCAAAUUUGAGGCUGCUGCCUCCCCCCUCUCAGCCUUUAAGUCCUGCAUCAGAAACAAGGAAAGAGCAGCUUUCUUCCACUGAAUUGUUAGCCACUUCAUCUCCUGUUUCCAAAGAAUCCUAUCCAGCUAAAGGUACAGGGCCAAUAGGAGAGGAGAAUGAAGACGGAGUCGGGACAAGCAUGUCCACCGAGUUCAGUCAGACCCUCAGAGGAAGUGGAGUGAAUUCCUCCCAUCAGCCAUCCGCCAAAGUUGGUUACUUCCGUCGGCCACAGCUGUAUGGUGGACGUUUACCAAACAAAACCCGUACAAACCUGAGACCGCCCCAACAUCCAUAUAGAGGUCCCGUGCGCAAGCCUUUUCCAACCAGAAAGCUGAAUGGAGGCAGUGGCAUUAUUGUUGGAAGUCAAACUAACCAGUUAGAAAAGGUUAGUGCUUCUGAAAUCCCAGAUAACCAAGCAGGGGAGCAGAAUGCCCUCAUGCCUACCCAAGGAGUCCAAAUUAGACAGUCAGGAGAACAAGACACUGUUCACACAGAGGUAAUUCCACGUGCCCAGACAGAUGCUCACGACACUACCAUCAGACCACAGACUAAGGAAUUAGAAGAGAUGGCCAAUGCUCCAGUCCAAACUGCCAAAUCUGGGGAAGAAGACACAAGAACCCCAGAAUUCAACUCUGACUCUGACAUUCAUACAGAGAACGUCCAUGCUGCCAAAAAUACUCAAGAUAGACCAACUAUAAAACAAACUUCCAAUUCAAGACAUGGUGCCCCGAGACCAGUCACACUUCCAAAGAGACAACCACCAACAAGAAGUGACCAGAUGAGACACUACAUCAGCGGGACCCAAAGGAGAGUGGAUACAAAAACAAAUAAUACCACAAAAAGGUUGUUAGACAGUAAAACUGAACAGACAAGAAGCGAUGAUUCCAAACGUCUGACAGGUUCGGACUUUUCUUCUCCUGAAGUCACAAGAGAACCUCUGGACUAUGUGGGAGUGACAAACCGGACCUCAGACGGGUUCACACUCACAUGGGACUCACCAGAAGGGAAGUACAGAAACUUUGUUGUGACAAGAAAACAAGUUGGGAAAGAUGGGAGGCCAAAGCAGGAGCAAAGUAAGAAGGACCAUGCAGAAGAUCAAGAAGACUCUGAGAAACAGGGUCACAACAAAGCAGAGGAAGCAAAUCUUCAUCCAACCAAAGAAACAGAACCAGAAAAGGGAAGCAGUGAAGAUGAAAAUAGAGUACCUGAAAGUAUCUCCACGGGGGUUUCAAGGAUCCAAAGCAGUACAGCAGCCAAACUGGUGACAGGAAGUGACAGUACCUUCAAAAAAGUUCUUCCUGCUCCAGCUCGCUCCUUCCAGUUUGAGGAUCUGCCUCCUCAGACCGAGUACACCGUGACUUUGCUUGGAAAGGGUCCUGGCCUUCUGUCCAGACUGCACAAGCUUGUCAUCAGUACAGGUCCGGAGCCCCCCACCGACAUCGUCUUCAGUAAGGUGACAGAAAACUCUCUGACGGUGUCGUGGACCAAACCCAAGACCUCCAUCAGCGGUUUCAAGGUCACCUACACCCACGUAGAGGACGGCGAGCCGGUGUCGGUGUCUGUGGACUCAGAAGACUCCACCCUCGGCCUGUCACGGCUCUCACCCGGCUCGUCCUACGAGGUCAGCGUCAUCUCCAUCCUCGGAUUGGACGAGAGCGAUCCAAUCAAAGACUUCGUUAUGACCCUCCCUGACCCUCCUACAGACCUCCGGGCCGUAAACGUCACCGACACCAAGGCCUUGUUAUUGUGGCGUCCGGCGUUGGCCGCCAUUGAUAAAUACGCCAUCGUUUAUGGCUCUGGGACGGGGUCAGAGGUCAGAGUCACCGUGUCUGGAAACGCAGCAGAGCAGCAGCUGAGCGGCCUGGAAGGAUCCACCACCUACACCGUCACCAUAACCAGCCAGCUGGGCAGCCUGGAGAGCUCAGCGGCCACCACCACCUUCACCACCGCCGGAGGCUCUGGGAGAGUUGGGGAGGGACCACGCGACCUCCAGGCGAGCAACGUGACCCCUCGCACCGCCCUGUUGUCGUGGAAACCACCCUCAAAUCCCGUUGGCAGCUACAGGCUGACCUAUCAGGCCGAAGGCCACGAGAUGAAGGAAGUGAUUGUGGACGCCUCUGCGACAGAGCACAACCUGACCAGGCUUCACCCCGGGUCGACGUACACGGUGCAGCUGCAGGCGGAGGAAGGAGGACGAUACACCGGCGCCGUCGCCGCCGAGUUCACCACCGGCACCCUGAGGUUCCCCUUCCCCACAGACUGCUCCCAGGAGCUGCUGAACGGCAUCCGGACGUCGGGCGAGGUGGAGGUUUUCCCCCAGGGGAAACCCGGGACGCCCAUCAUGGUCUACUGCGACAUGGAGACGGACGGAGGAGGCUGGACGGUCUUCCAGAGGAGGAGGGACGGCUCGGUGGAUUUCUUCAGGGGCUGGAAGGAGUACGUGACGGGGUUCGGGGACCUGAGUGGAGAGUUUUGGUUGGGCCUCGACAGCCUCCACAACCUGACAGCGAUGAACAGGAUGAGUCUGCGCAUCGACCUGCGAGACAAAGACGAGUCGGUGUUCGCUAAGUACUCGACGUUCGAGGUGGCCAAGAGGAACUACAGACUGACUGUGGGCGGGUACAGCGGCACUGCAGGUGAUUCUCUCAGUUAUCACAACAACCGCGUCUUCUCCACCAAAGACCGCGACCCGGCGCCGUUCAUCACCCGCUGUGCCAUGUCGUACCGAGGAGGCUGGUGGUACAAGAACUGCCACGAGGCCAACCUCAACGGCCUCUACGGCAUCGACGUCAAACACCAGGGUGUGAUCUGGACCACCUGGAAAGGAAAAGAGUUUUCAAUCCCGUUCACUGAGAUGAAGAUGAGACCAGCAGCCUUCAGUCCUCCAACCAGAGGGUGAAAGAGAAGACAAUGAACUGCUAAAGUCGUGCAUGGACAGCACACACACACGCACACACACACACACACACACACACACACACACACACACAUUGUACCAGGUUGCGUGUUUCUCACUUCAGACGAGAUGAAGGAUGAAGACGUAUUUCUUCAUUUGUAUAGAGGUCAGUUAUCAGUAUGUUACUGUAGGUUGUACAGUUGCUUCAUGUUUAGCCCCCACUUGCUCUUUAUUUACAGACUCGGUUCAGAAACGCUUCUUCUUCUGCCGCCGCCUCGAUGUGAUGCAGGAUCACUUUCGCAGGUGUGAACGGUCGUCAGGUCGGCUGCAGCCCAGCAGCGACUUCCUGUUUGUCUUUUUUAAUAGUUUUAAUGUAAAUAAAUAUCAGCCAGUGAACGCCUGCAGCCAAACACAGAAUCAUUAUUACACAGAGUCAGAGGAGCCUUCGGGAGGGCUGACUCACUUAAAGCUCGGCAGCGCCCUCUGCUGUUCACUGUCAGGCGUAUCGGAUGCACUGUGGCCCCUCAGUACACAGUCUGUAUAUCUGUGUACUGCACACGAGUUUUGUUUGUACUGCUGCCGGCCGUCUUCUCACUGUUUUUUGUGUAAAUCUCUCCAUGUUUCAUGUUGCCCCCUAAAAGAAUACGACAAUAAAAUGACUGAAAA